AUGCCACAUUUAUUGAGUAAAUUAACAAGUUGUGUACAUCGAAAGACACAUCAUUCAAAAUAUAUUUAUCCAAAUCUUAUUGAUAAAAAUCGCAAAUACUUUCUUUUAAGUCGAUUCGAAUUAUUUCCAGAUGAAAUUCUUCUUGAAAUCUUUCAAUAUAUUCCAUUAAUUGAUUUAUUCAAUACAUUCACAAAUUUGAAUUAUCGAUUCAAUUUUCUUUUACGUUCUCUUCAAUUAGGUGUUGAUAUUCAUCAAAAUGAUUCAAAUAAUCCAAAUUUACUUUCAGCACUUCAUUUCUUUGCAAAACAAAUUCAAUAUAUUCAUGUUGAUCGAUAUCCAUCAUUAAAUUUGAAUAUAUUUCCAAAUCUUCAUUCAUUAAUUAUUUAUCUUCCAACAACUCGUCAAUUAUUAUCAAUUAAUUCGAUUCAAAUGCCAAAACUUCGUCGUCUAUGGCUUGGAAUUUUAAUUGAAAAAGAUCAAAAAUAUUUAUGUCAAUCAUUAUUUGGUGAAAAUCAAUUUACAAAACUUGAUUUUUGUAAUUUAUUUCAAAUCAAUUUCAAUGUAACAUUGAACUGUUUUCAAAAUUUAGCAACACUUCGUCGAUUAAUUUUAACAAAUUGUCAAAUAAAAGAUUUCAUUAUUCUUUUAUCAUUUUUACCGAAUUUAAUUCAAUUAAAUAUUUGUAUAUGUGAUGUUUCAACAAUUUAUUCUCAUAAUUUAACAAAUUUUUCUCAUGAAAAUUUACGAAUAUUGAAAAUUGAAUUUGUAGAGAAACUUUCUCAAUUACAUAUUCUUAAUUGUCUUAUAUCAUUUGUUCCGUAUGUUCAACAAUUUACUUUAAUUCUUACAAAUUUAAUUCAAAUUCAGGAUUAUAUUUAUUUAAAAACUAUUCUUUUGGAAAAAUUUUUACAAUUAAAAAAAUUCAUUUGUUCAAUUGAUUAUUAUUGUCAAUUAACAAGUAAUGAAAUGAAUAAUAAAUUUCAAAAAUUAAGAAAUCAAAUUCCAUUUUAUCAAACAAUGAUUGUUAUACCUUGUUCCAUACACCAAGAUCAAUGUGUCCGAAAAAUAUGGAUGAAUAAGACUUUUAUUUUAUAG